AUGGCUGCGGAAUAUUUUGAGAGAAGGAGAAGCAAAAGAACAAAUAUUAAGGUAUCUUGUUUUUGAACUCAUCCUCUCUUAACUUUGAUGGUAUAUACCAUCACAUCUAACCAAACAAGAUUGUUAUAUGGCCAUGUUUUCAUUAUUUCGUUGUUUCUAUGGUAAUAAUAGAAAAUAAAACACACUGAAACAGUUGUGAUAAAAAUUGUUAAAUUACGCAUUUUUAUAUCAACUCGGCGCUUCGUAUGUUGGCAGAAGCAUAUAACCCCAAAUUUUCAAAAGUGAACGUUACAGAUUAUGACAAAACCUGUUGAAGAAGAAAUAACAAGAAAGCGCUUACAGUGGCAUUCAGGUCUCGCCUGCUUGGAGAUUAGGUCGAGAAAUGAGGAGACGAUUAAUUCUACAAGAAACAUGAUUUACUCGCUAAAAGUUUUUUACUUCCUACUUUAUCGACGUCGAUACGUUUUAUUUGUUUCUGAAUUGAUUUAGUAGGCGUGCAUGUUAGCGACGACCAAAAAUACCUCUGCGGUCGCAGGCUAUACGCGUGUAUAUAAAUUCAAGGGCCACGAUUCCAGAGAAAUUACAUCAUUGCCAGAGAUCGAAAAAGUGAUUUACAUGGUACGUAAUUUCAAUCAUCGCCGAAAAUAAAUCGGAUGCUCAUCACAAGACUCAUUUGCAUAAAGUGAAAGUUUACAACACCCGACCAUCCCAAUUUUGCUAAUUAAGAUUCUUAUUUUUUUUCGACCACACAGUAGUGUUCACUUGCUCCAAAGUAAUCAACAAUUUCAAGUGAUAGAAUUCGUGGACCUACACGUUUCGGAAAAGCUCUAAAUUUAAUAUUUCCUAAGAUUUCUUCGUAAAACAUGCAUGGCUUCGAUCACGCAACGAUUCUUAGUCCCACUUUCCACGGUCUCCGCAAGAAACGCCUGGCACAAUGACCUGCCUUUAGUGUCCCAAAAAACGACCAAAAAUUCCGGGUGUACUUCCAGAAAAUUUGGGAGGGGUUGUGCGGCACGCUUCCUGAAACCCUUACCUUAUUUCAGACCAAAAUCUGUGAUUUUCCCUACCCAAUUUCAGACCUGAAGCCCUGGAGUCCGGCGCGUGACCGGAGCGCGUGACAAACUGUUACGGCACGUACACGGUAAAUUGGUGUAAACAUUAAAAGGGAAAUGAUCUUAUCGCCAAAUGAUGAAGAAGUAGCUAGUUCUUCUAAAAAACAUACCCAAUUCAAGACUAGAGUGCACAAACCCUACCCCAUUUCACACCAAAACGGCUAAAGCAAACAUACCGUUUGGGCAGUAAUCGGCUCCUAGUUUGGGGCGGCACAUACCUAUAUAGCCCAUAUAAGGGACUACCCCCCGGGGCGAAAAACGCGUUGCAGAUUAUUAGCCUCGCUGCUUACGCAAGCGAGACUAAUAAGAGGUCUUGGACUGAGAUUAAGAAAAGUCCCGACGGUGAGUCCAGAAUAAAGAGAAAAUACUGGUUCCAUUAUUGUCUCUUGAGUGAAGAUAUAAGGCAACAGCUGUUAGUAUCAGAUUUUCACUGCCUUGAUGUUGACAUGUGUUGGCCUGAGAUCUUGAAAAAACAAUGUUUCCUGUAUUUCGCGUUGAUAAUUACAUUUCCCCUACACAACAAUAUGUUGUUUCAAGAGCCUGGAAUCCAAUCAUUGUGAAAAAAUGUUCAUUGCUUUUUAUAUUGUAAUCUUGUUUACAGGGGGAUAAGCAGAAAGUUCGUGAAGAAUUACUGCUGUCUGGCAGAGAAGAUGGUCUGGAGGUGAAAUACUUCUAUAUUAACGCUGUAAUCUACUGACCCCCUAUCCUGCGGUAUAACCGCCUUUGGUUUGUACCACGUGACCAAGUUUCCUCAUUAUUUGUCGUUUAUUGUUCGUUAUUUGUACACAUAAAUUAGUAGUUUCACGCAAUUUUUUAUCCAGAAUAAUUGUUUUGAGCUUUUUUAUCUGCUCAUUUUAUAUUUUGAGAUAUUCUCAACUUGAAUCAGACGUUUGCCGUUUGCCGUAUGCGUGAAGUUUAAACUCUCUCACUCACACGCUCAUUCGAAAAAUAACUAUUUACCGGGGAACAUAAGCUGAGCGAAACAUCAAAAGGAAGCUAUAGAAGCCAUGAUAACAACCGAGAUGUGUGUUUAUGAUUUAUGAGUUACGGGUAAAACCGCAAAUAAUCAGCAAAUUGGCUGUGAAAUUUUCCUCGUAAGUUUGGAUUUCCACUGUCGCGUAAUUUUUGCGUGCAAACGUAAAUCUAAUUAUCUACAUUAUUAAAUGUGGUAUCUGGAAAUGGAGAUGAUAGGAGGAAAUGAGGAGGGCAACGAAGAAGCUGACGAAGUUGAAAUUCUUGUGGAAUAGUCAAGACCCUCAGACAAAACUAAGCCGCAUUCUUCGACCAACCAACCUGUGGCACUGAUAUUAGUAUUAUGAAGAAUUCUUGGAGCAUGAGUUUUUCUCGUAGCUACAUAUGGCUAUGUCGAGACGUGGACACUUAGAACAACAACUUUAAAAAGACUAAUUAUUUAAAAAACUUUUCAAAUGAAGUGCUACAGAAAAAUUUUAAAAAUAUCGUGAACCGAGCACAGAACAAAUAAGUCAAAUAGAGAAGAACUCAAAGUGGAAGAUCGAUGGUUAGAGAUCUUUAUAACGAAACAAAAGCUAAAGUACUAUGGCCAUUUGAAAAGUAGUGAGGGCUUUAGAAAGGUCAUCUUGGAGGGAAAGAUAGAUGGGAAAAGAGAAAGGGGAAAACCGAGAAGGCAGUGGGAAAGGUACAGGAUAUUUUCGAUUUGUCUGUAGUGUAACAGAAGUUGGAUCGAUUGGCAAUUGACACAGAAACUGUUUCCACUGUGCGGUCAAGGAUGCAACGUCCUCUGGGGAUAAUCAAUCAGAGUAGUAAAUAUAUAACAGAGGCAAUGUAUUAAAGGCCGCGCGUUAACGUAAAAGUUAGCCUGCGUAACAUGGCGGUCUGUCGCACGCACUACUGAACGGCGAAGCCGCAAAAGCGCGCGAGGUUUCUCGUUGCUCCCGCCUUUAUUGCUUUGCACGCUCAAAAAACCGCCAUGCUACGAAGGCUACGUUUAAGUCGAACCUCGCUCAACUUUUACGUUUACGGGAAACUUUCCAUAAAUUGCUAUAAUUAUGCUAUUUACGUGCGCACGCACGAAGUAUAAACAAAGCGGCAGUGGAAAACCAUCACCUUAAAAGACGUUCUACAACCGGCGCAAAAAUACUGCGGGAAACAGCUUCUCUUUUUUUUAGCUUUUUGAAUUUUUCUUGGUUUCUUAUCUUUUAGGUACGAGAAGUAGAAGGGAAAGGGAGAGGCGUAUUUUCUACGCAAAACUUUUCAAGGGGGCAGUUUGUUUGUGAAUACGCUGGAGAACUUAUUGACAAUGAAACUGCUAAAAGAAGAGAAUUGUUUUAUGAAGAGAAAACGGAAUAUGGGUGCUACAUGUAUUACUUCAACUUCAAGAACAAAACGUUAUGGUGAGUAAGACUGGAGUUCAAUCGAGGCUUUUCUUAACGUCUGUCAUCAUGACUGGAAAGUUUUUCUGGCAACUUGUGUGGCAAUUUUGUUGCACCUUAAUAGUAAUUGUCUGUGGUCGUUAACAUGAUUCACCACGUUUCCGUCACAGCAAGCAUUACGUAAAAAUCGUUGACAGGUUCUAGAUCAAACAUAGUGGCCUGUUCCAGGCUGUCGGAUAUUGGGGAAGAUUCCUGUUCGCGCUUCCUCAAUUCAGUGGACCCGACUAUCUCAUCUCGGAGCCUGGAACAGGCUACACGAAACACACUCAAACGAUGACUACAAGCCGAUUUGUUUUAGGGGUUGUUACACCAUGCAAGCAACGCCUAAGCAUCUCGCAACAACACGAUAAAACUGAUGCAAACUGCAAGAAAAAUUGUCAGCUAAUUUGAAAAUUUUUUUUUACUAGAGCUGGCUGUCGCCGGAAGGAGGCCUUCAUAGUGUUGAAUCUGAUUUUUAUGGUAACCCAUUAGGUAACAAAAUUUUCCAGUGCGGUAAUUGUAGCAGUGCUUCUACAUUUUAGUCCGUUUUCUACUGAUUGAUUUUGUGAUAUUGUUGAGCCUAGUUCAAUAGCGUUUGCGCACGCGUCGUGAAAGCCGAUUUGGGUUUCGGAUCCGAAAAGGAACGAUCUUAAAUUUUCUCUGAACGGAUGAGAAAAUUGAAAGUAUCAAAAAAUUGUCUUUACUAUGUGAGUUCGUUUGGGUAAUCGAAGAUUCCUCGAAAAGUUACAAAUCAUGUAGAGGUAAACGUCGACUACAUACGUGUGUGAGUACAAAUCCUAUCAUGCAGAUGCGUCACUCAACAGUGGUUUACACUGGGGCGUUCAGAUCAUGAAAAAGCCUAAAAUAGUUGGUUUCAUAAUUGUUUAUAAUCUCAAUACCAGUAUGAAUACAACUGAACAAUGUAACUAAAUAAAGCUUUUUUUGCUAGCCGACUUAUUGUUGACUAACCUUUUUUUGUCCUCAAUAUGAACAGUGUUGAUGCUACUGCGGAGAGUGGAAGGCUCGGCAGAUUGAUGAACCACAGCAGAAGAAAAGCAAACUGUGCCACAAAGCUGGUGUGUGUCCAGGGCAAACCCCAUUUGAUACUGGAAACAAUCCGAGAUGUCUCAGAAGGAGAGGAGCUUGUUUAUGACUAUGGGGAAAGGAGCAGAGAGAUAAUGGAAGACCAUGAGUGGUUAAAAAAUUGA